AUGAAAAUUCAGAGCAUAGUGUCAGUGAUUUUGGUUUUACAAUUGAUAUUGACCGCUAAUUCCGUAAGAAUAUUCAAUAUCAAAGAUUUUGGAGCUAGGCCGAGUCAAGACAUUAGCAAGGUGUUGGAGCGGGUAUGGAGUGAGGCCGUUAAAUCAACAAAGGCAACUCAAGUCUUGAUCCCACGAGGGGAUUGGAACUUGAGUCAGGCGAUAUUGUCGGGGCCGAACAAGGCCCCGAUCAACCUGGAGGUCCGAGGACACGUUAGAGCGUAUCCGGACGUGGCCAUAAUCGCUGAGAAGGAGAAAGGAUGGAUCUACGUCAGCAGCGUGGACCACCUGACGAUCUCAGGGGGCGGAAUCCUCGACGGACAGGGAAGCGAAGCGUGGGAAAACAACGACUGCAAGACCAACGCGACCUGCGAGAAGCCCCCCCUCAACAUGUACUUGAAUGCCAUCACCAAUUCCAUCAUCCGAGACGUCACCACCAAGGACAGCAAGUACUUCCACGUCAACUGCCUCUCGAGCCGCAACGUCACCUUCCAGCGCUUCACAGUGUCCGCCCCGCGCGACAGCCCCAACACGGACGGCAUCCACAUCGCCCGAUCCGUCCGCAUCAGGGUGACCGACUCCGUCAUCCAGACAGGCGACGACUGCAUCUCGAUGGGGGACGACCUCAGAGACGUGCUCAUCAAGAACGUGGCGUGCGGGCCCGGGCACGGCAUCAGCAUCGGGAGCCUGGGGAAGUACGAGGGCGAGAAGGACGUGAAGGGGAUAAGGGUGGAGGGGUGCAGCUUCAGAAACACCACCAACGGGGUCCGGGUCAAGACCUUUCGGUCUUCCCCGGCCAAUACCACGGUCUCGGAUCUCCACUUCAUCGACCUCACCAUGGUCAAUGCGGCCAACCCCGUCAUAAUUGAUGGGAAUUACUGCCCAAACAACCAAUGCGCCUCGGGUUUAUCUGGUUCCGUGAAGAUCAGUGGCGUUGAGAUCAACAACGUCAUUGGCACCAGUUCCACGCAGAAUGUGAUAACGUUCAACUGCAGCCAAGUCUGCAAACGAGUCAAUAUCGGAACGAUCGACCUGACCUACAAGGGCAAAAAGGGUUCGUCGGCUACGACAUUUUGCAAAAACAUCAAGCCCAACUUCACCAAAUUUACCAAGCAGAAUCCACCCGUCUGCCCUUCAAAAUCAGCCAUUUAUUUACUUAGCAAAGCGUUGAAGCAAGCAUGGAAUGAGGCCAUUAAAUCAACAAAGGCAACUCAAGUCUUGAUCCCACGAGGGGAUUGGGAUUUGAGCCAAGCACUGCUAUCGGGGCCGAACAAGGCCCCGAUUAAUCUGGAGGUCCAAGGCCACCUCAUAGCGUAUCCCGACCCGGCCAAAAUCCCCGAGAAGAAGAUGGGAUGGAUCGGCAUCGAAAAAGUGGACUACCUGACGAUCUCGGGGGGCGGCAUCCUCGACGGGGGGGACGAGAAGCGUGCAAGACAUGCGCACCAUGUGAAAAGCCCCCCAUCAACCUGUUCUUGA